AAGACACCUGGUCUUCCAGGACGCCAUCACGGUCAAGGUGGCGCAGUGAGCAGGAGCACACACUUCAUGAGUCAUGGAGCUCCCUCAGUGCCUUCGACCGCUCCCACCGGGGACGCAUCUCCAACACGGAGCUCCCGGGGGAUAUCCUGGAUGAGCUCCUGCAGCAAAAGAGCAGCCGGCACAGCGACUUGCCCCCCUCCAAGAAGGGGGAGCAACCAGGACCAUCGAGAGGGCAGGAUGCCUACUCUGGAGAGACAGACGCUGGGGGCGACUUUAAAAUCCCCGUCUUGCCUUAUGGACAGCACUUGGUCAUUGACAUCAAGUCUACCUGGGGGGACAGACACUAUGUCGGCCUCAACGGAAUAGAAAUAUUCAGUUCCAAGGGUGAACCGGUGCAGAUUUCAAACAUAAAAGCAGACCCUCCCGAUAUCAAUAUUUUACCAGCCUAUGGGAAAGACCCCCGCGUGGUCACCAACCUCAUCGACGGGGUGAACAGGACCCAGGACGACAUGCACGUCUGGCUGGCCCCCUUCACAUCAGGCAAAUCCCACUCCAUCACCAUUGACUUCACGCACCCUUGCUACGUUGCCCUGAUCAGAAUUUGGAACUACAAUAAAUCUCGGAUACAUUCCUACCGAGGCGUGAAAGACAUCACGAUGCUGUUAGACACCCAGUGCAUCUUUGAAGGAGAAAUCGCCAAGGCCUCUGGAACCCUAGCGGGAGCCCCAGAGCACUUUGGAGACACGAUCUUAUUCACAACUGAUGAUGACAUUCUCGAGGCCAUAUUCUAUUCCGAUGAGAUGUUUGACCUGGACGUGGGGAGCCUGGACAGCCUGCAGGAUGAGGAGGCACUGAGGAGGCCCAGCACGGCCGACAGCGAGGGGGAUGAGCGGCCCUUCACCCAGGCUGGCAUGGGGGCCGAUGACCGG